UCAUAAACUGUAUGAACAAGUUUUACUAGUGACAUGAAAUAGUGCCGCAAAGAUGGAUGACAGCUCGCCAGAUUUGUCGCUCAAGCUCCGGCGAGGCUCGAGCGACUCGAGGGAGUCGUUCUACAUGGACUUCGCUCAGGGGAUCGACUCGGACAUCGAGGAGGUGACGACGAUCGAGCGAGUGAUACCCGAGCACCCGGGAGGCAGGUCCGAGGGCGACGCGGACACCCUGGCCACGCCGUCCGGGCUUGAGGAGACCAAGGAGUUUCCGCCAUGUUGCUACUCGAUCCCUGCAAACAACAUGUCGGGAGGGUCUCACGUGUCGCGCACGACGUUCGAGUCCAGCCGCGAGUCCGAGCCUAGUCGCGGCUCGGCGCCACCACUGCCGAGCCCGGCGUCGGCGGGCGCUGCGCUGGUGUCGCCGGAGACGCUGAGCCGGCACAGCAGUCCGCCGCCUCUGCCUCCUCACUCGCAGCCCGCGCCUUCUUGUUCAUCUUAUCGAGUGCAUAUGGAGUCACCGCUGAAGUGUUCAAGUCCUCCAUCGCUGUCCCUUGGCGGCUCGCUGUCUCUGCAGCCGGUGCUGUACCCCGCGGGCUCGGCGCACGCCCCACUUCCCCCCGCGCGCCACAUCCGCCCCUCGCCCACCAUACCACAUGUGCAUCUUAUCAGCGCAGGCGACGCACUAGCCACCACCCUCUCGGCGCUGUAUGGAAAGCUACUGGUCGUCAUGGGCAUCGCCUUUCCAAUGGCCGAAGUAAUCUCUACCUACAUUCCACCCUCCUUUUAUGAGGGCUUCUACUUGUACCUGUACAUCGGCAGCAUGGUGUUCCUGCUCUACAUGUACGCUGCGCUGCUUAGGGAUCGCUCGAGGUCUGGCGCUGAUUCCCCCCCUGUCAUUGAAUCAGACUCAAGUUCGUCUCCCUCCGAGUCUGACUCGUGUUCUUCGCGUACGGACCGCAGCACCGCCACUGCGCCGCACCCGCAGUACCAAAUGCCGUCGAACGCUGCGAAGCGGCUGUCCCUUGGGUUCGCUCUCAGCACGAGAACUCACCACUACGGAAGCUUCUACCUCAGAAUGGGUGCUGUCGCGUUCGGCAUCGGCUCUAUGAUCUACUCCGGUCUUGAGUUCGGCCAGUACUGGGAGCUGGAGAGAAACACCAACUGCCACAACGUCCUGCUGGCGCUCACGCCGGCUACUAGGAUGGCCUUCAUCUUCAUCCAGAUGUAUUUCAUCUUUCUUAACAAUGAGAUGAAAGUGUACAAGCACAAGAUAGUGGCGAGAUUCGGGCUGAUGCACAUGGUUGGGACUAACCUCAGCGUGUGGCUGAACGUGCUAGUGCAGGAGACCAAGCACGAGAUCCUCACCUUCUAUGACCCGGAGAAUAAGACCAUAGGCUUAUCGCACAGACUAGCGUUUCAAAAGGCGUUUGUUACAUCAUUGGCAACCGAAGUGCCUCCAUCGCACCCAGCGGCAGCUCAUCUACGGGUACCACGUGGCUUGAAAGGACCUCAUCACAUCUUCGAGUGUCGGCGGACUAAUAUCAUGGGCUCUUUAGUGCAAGACGCUUCGCCUUUUCUCUUUCCGUGCACUAUCGAGUAUUCCCUCAUAUGCGCUGCUAUAUUAUACGUCAUGUGGAAGAAUAUAUCUAAGUAUCCGUCAAAAGACGUCGCAGCUGCCAUCGCAAAAGCACGAUUGUUGGAAGGCCUCGCGUAUAAGAAAUCGCCACACUUGUAUAGCGUGGACUGCGCAAGAGCUCAUAAAGGCCUGUUCUUUGGAAUCUUGGUUUUAGUACUCACAAUUAUUUCCCUUAUACUGUUCUUUGUUCUGAUUUCAAAAAAAGACUACGCAACAUUAGCUGUGGUGGAGGUUAACGUGUGUGAAUUAGCGUUAUAUGCCAUGACAACUUUCGCAAGUCUAGCAGGAAUGGUAUGCGUACGAAACCUCAAAUAUGAUGGCAACAGAAAUCUGGAGCUGGACAAUAUCCUGCUUGUCGGAGCGCAGACUGGCAUGUUCAUCUAUGGAACUUUUACAAUCAUCGGAGGUCACUUUACCAUUGAAAAGAAUACCAUUUUAAUCUUGAUAACAGCCUUAUCGUCACUAGUGCAAACGACUUGCCAGACGAUGUUUAUCUUAGACGCGAGUCGUCGGUCGGCUAAAACACCUGAUCAGCUCCGGAAAAAACCCGGGAGAGAGAUCGUUACAUUCCUUCUUGUAACUAAUUUGGCUAUGUGGGCGAUAAAUACGCUUGAAAAGUCUAGGGCGGAGUCCCAUCCGGUGCAAUUGCACUUUUACGGGUUAUGGGCGUGGACGAUCAUCACUCACGUGUCUAUGCCGCUGGCCAUAUUCUACAGGUUCCAUUCUACAGUUUGUUUGUGCGAAAUUUGGAAGCGAGCCUACAAGAUGAAGCCAGCUUACAUGUAGCGACGAGCCUUCUACUAAGUGAUCCUCGCUCACGCAAUAAGCUAACGCACUUUUUAAAGCGCAUAUGUAAGGUCGUUUGAAAAGAAGCGUAACUAAAAUAAAUUGUGCCAUAGAUUUAACGUCAGUGGAUACCGGAUUAGCAUAGUUAGUUAUUUGCUGUUUGGACAGCAAACUAUACUUAUAAUGCCAACCAAAGCUCUCAUCCAAUUUUGUAAUUGCUUAUUUCCGGUGUGCACUAACAGUUUAUUACUAUAUGUGUUAGUUUGAAGUUGACUGCUUUAAUGUUAAAUUAUUGUAUUUAAAUAUUUUAAUGUGUUAUUUAUUUGUAGCUUUAUUACAUGCUUUAAAUAUCACCAACAGAUUCAUAUUGAAAUAAACAUUGGUGUUGCAUCGAAACUUGAAACAAGUUUAAGACAAAUAUUUUCUUAUCUUGAAUUGUCCACAUAAUUCAUACAUUUACUACGCAAUUUGUUUAUCUUAAAUAAAAAAUAUAAAUACCAAUACCUACAAUGGAAUAUUUUGCAAAAAAUGUAUUCAGAAUGAAAUAGUCUUCCAAUAGGUUACAACUUACAGAUCACUUUUUAUGACUUUUUAUUCGUGUAUUCGCAUUUGCAAUAUUACCAUACAAUCAACAUCUCAAAAGAGAACAACAGAAACUGGAGAUCUAUCGAAUGGGGCAAUUGUGAAUAUCUGAAAUGGUAUCUAACACGAAUUUCACAAAAUUAUGUACGUAAGUGUUUCAUAUUACUUCGGGCCCCAAGAAAAACAUAGUCUGAUCAGAUUUAUAAAUUUUGUAGCUAUAUUUUUGCGAUAAAUGUAGUGACAGUAUUUUGGAAAAAAUUUAAACCAUAGGGAUACGUAGUAUAUACCGAGGACCCAGUAGGUAGGCAAAAGUAACACCAAAGUUUUAUAUUAAAUAUUACCAUUAAUGGAGUAAGUAAUUUUUGGAGCUUAUAAUUGUAUUGUACACAGUCCAGUGUUUUCACAUUUUUUACAAUCUAUGAAAUAAUAGAAUUGACUUCCAUUUCUACACAAAUUUUGAAUAAUUAGGUAAUUUAUAGAUUUAGAUAUUACGUCCAGUGAAAACAUGUAUAUUUCCCGUGGAAGAUCUUAGCUAGCCCUAAUAAGUGAAAUUUUAUGCAAAUCUUAUUUUUGGCUAACUCAAUGCUCAAGUACCUACCGCCUCAGCGUGAUUAUGAUUAUGUAGCUAACCUACUAAAGUGGUUAUUUAUGAAACAUUGGGAACUAUGAAGUAAAUAUUCCUAACAUUGGGUUGUAAUUGAUUUUCAGAACACCUAGCUAAGCUCUU